AUGGACAUGGCGUCCAAGGCAGACGUCGGUAACACGCCUUUGAAAGGCAAGAAGAACGAGGAAGGUUCCAGCACCGGCAUUCCCAACAAGAAGCAUAAACCUAAUGAAGCUGUUGCAAUGGGGCCAGAGGUAGUAAUUGAUAGCGCACCGGAAGCAGAGCCAUUUUCCAGUGCGUCGGAUGCACCUGCUGCCGCUGUGGUCCUCUCUCCGGAAAUCAAGAAGAUGCUUGAAGCAUACAUGAAGGAAUCUGCGUGCAUCAAUGCAUUGAAGGCCGACAUCGAGGCAUUGAAGGCCGACAUGAAGGAAUUGGAGGCCAGCACCAAGGAAUUGGAGGCCGAAACAAAGGAGUUGAGGACACUCCUGGAUGGAAUCGCUGGAGCAAUGGAGCCUGCGACGGAGUACGCUCUUUUUGAGACUGCCAUCUAUGAGUUUGUGGAAGCCAAUCACCCGCAGGAGAGCAACAAAAUCAAGUACCAAGUGUCCCAACUUUGCAGCUGGAUCCUUUACAAUCUGUUUGGAGAACAAAAACCAUAUGCUCCUGCUGUUCCGAGCAAAGACUUUUGCAGCGAGCAGGAAGUGCUGUCGUUUCUACUGGCAAGCCGCAAUGGCGGGGAUUAG